AAUGGAAAUGAGGCUGGGCCUAGCAGCUUGCGAGCGCUCCCCGCCUUCCCCUGUGGUCGCCGGAUGCGCGGCGUGCAACCACACUGCAAUCCAGGGCAGCGAGGCUGCGACCGCGGCCGCCGCGGGAGGGGCCCAGAGCCCCGCCCCCCAGGGAGGGGCGGUCCGCAGGUCUCCCCUCUACCCUUCACGGCCCCAACUCCACGCCGGAGAUGAAAUUCAGCAGCAAGGAAGAAAUAUAGCCGUCCAGGCGUCGUCAAUGGACUGAGACCAAGCCGAGGCCCUCCUUUAGGUCUCGGGGCCAGCAAGAUGCUGGAGCGAGAUGCCGAGGCCGCGGCCACUGCCACUACCGAUCCUCGUCCUGCUGACAAGGAACAAGUGACCAAAGGAGGAGCUCCCCACCAGGGUUCGUCCAAGAAGCCCCACCAGUCGGCUCCAGGGCCUGCUGCAUCCACAGGGGCGCCAUCUCGACCCCGCAGGCGGCCCCCGCCCCAGCGCCCGCACCGCUGCCCUGACUGUGACAAGGCCUUCUCCUACCCGUCCAAGCUGGCCACGCACCGGUUGGCACACGGCGGCGCCCGCCCCCACCCGUGCCCCGACUGCCCCAAGGCCUUCUCCUACCCCUCCAAGCUGGCAGCCCAUCGCCUCACGCACAGCGGCGCCCGCCCGCACCUGUGCCCGCACUGCCCAAAGGCGUUUGGCCACCGCUCCAAGCUGGCAGCCCACCUCUGGACCCACGCGCCCACCCGCCCCUACCCGUGCCCUGACUGCUCCAAGUCCUUCUGCUACCCCUCCAAACUAGCUGCCCAUCGACACACACAUCACGCCACGGACGCCCGCCCCUAUCCUUGCCCACACUGUCCCAAGGCUUUUUCAUUCCCCUCCAAACUGGCCGCCCAUCGCCUAUGUCACGACCCCCCCACCGCGCCGGGCAGCCAAGCCACGGCCCGGCAUCACUGCGCCAGCUGUGGCCAGGCCUUUGGCCAGAGACGUCUCCUGCUCCUUCACCAACGCAGCCACCACCAGGCUGAGAGUCAGGGGGAGCGGGAGUGAGCCCUCCCCUUGACUCACUGGCCCCCUCUGCCGCCAGCCGCGGGAAAUAAAGAGGUGGUAUUUCUAAACGACGCUGCAUGGACUUGCCUCUUCUGGUUGGCAGGAAGGCUGGCUCCUGAUACUGGGCUCUAAAUUAAAAGGUGAAGGACCUCUUUGCUUAUCCAUUUUGGGGAAGGGAAGGUGUCACCCACUGACAGUUAACUGGCCCCAAACCGUGGACCUGGAGCUGUGGUGUGAAAGAACUGGCUCGGGUUUUUCCUAUUUGUUUGGCAAAGGUAGGAAGUCUGUUAGCAUCGUGGGUUGGUGAGGAGUGUGGGGAAACAGGCUCUGCCCUUAUUGUUGUAAGUUAAAUCAGUGCCUCCAUUUUAGCCAUUUGACUGUAUCUGUAAAAUCCUUAAAUGCACACAUGCUCAAGUCAACUAUUCCACUUGUAGAAAUUUAUAAACUCAAGCACAAGUAAAGCACGAGGGCAAGGAUGUUCACCGCAGCAUGAUGGUUGUGCCCAAAGAUGGGAAUCAACACAAGUGUUCAUCAAUAGGAGACCAGCUAAUUAAUUACAAUACAGCCAUAAAAUAGAAGAUGUAGCUGUAGGAAAAAAGUCAGCCCUACAUAUACCCAUAUGGAAAGAUUCCUAGCAUUGUAAGUGAAAAAAAUCAAGAACUAGGGGUAUAUUACUGACAGUAUAAAAAAAAUUUAGCCCUGGCUGGUGUGGCUCAGUGGAUUGAGUCCUGGCCUGCAAACCAAAGGGUUGCUGGUUCAAUUCCCAGUUAGGGCAUGUGCCUGGCUUGCGGGCCAGGUCCCCAGUGCGGGGCAUGCGCGAGGAAACCACACACUGAUGUUUCUCUUCCUUUCUCCCUCCCUUCCCCUAAAAUAAAUAAAUAAAAUCUUUCAAAAAAAUGUUAAAGCCCAAGCUUUGGACCCAGCCCUGACCCACUGGGUAUGAGGGCCGGGGCCUUGGACAAGCUUUGUCACUUCUCUAGACUGAGAAGCCUCAUCUAUAAAAUGGAAGUGUUAUGGAUAACAGGGCCCUUGUAAGGGCGCAAGCAUCAUCCCCAGCAAAAUCAGUUUCCUUCUUGCAGCCAGUUUCUCCCACUGUAAAAUCAGAUGAUCAAGCUAACAUUGGACUGCUCUUUGUUCUACACAUUAAGCCCCUACUGUAUGCAAGGACCAGCACAGGAUAUUAGGGACACAGCAGUAAACAAGACAGACCUGGUCUAGUGAGGGAAGUGGGCACCGAUCAAGCAGUGGAGAAAAAAGUGA